AUGCCGCCAUCAACAUCGUCAUCCAGCAAACGUUCACCGUCCCUAAAAUUGCUGAAAACAAGGCUGAAGGAAGUUAUGGACGAUUUCGAAGAGGAAAGGCAAGAAUUCAGCAUCCGUUAUUAUAAAACCAAGGCAUUCCUAAUGGAUAAGAUCAAGGAACAACGUGAACCAUUAACGCCCAAUCAGUCCAUUCGAGUUGGUGACAUGACUCUGCAGGAACCAUCAGACCACGUGUGCUUACCCCAGAUCAAACUACAAACAUUUGAUGGGGAUAUUGACGCAUGGCUAAGUUUUCGUGAUUUAUUCUCCUCAUUGAUCCACUUGAAGGCAGACCUACCUGAAGUUGAAAAAUUUCAUUAUUUAAAAGGCUGUCAGAUGGGAGAACCGAAGAAUUUGAUCGAUCCACUUCCAAUAACCAAAGCCAAUUAUCAAACAGCAUGGGAUAUGCUUAUGAAAAGAUACAAUAAUUGCAAGCAACUCAAAAAGCGGCAGGUAUUGUCUUUGUUUAAAUUACCUUCUCUUUCAAAGGAAUCUGUACCCGAGCUACACAAUCUGUUGGAAAGUUUCGAACGAAUAGUGCAAACACUCGACCAAAUCAUACGACCAGUAGAUUAUAAGGAUUUGCUACUGGUAAACAUGCUCUCAACACGUCUCGACCUCGUCACGCGUAGAGGUUGGGAGGAGGUAUCUUCAACCAAGGAACAGGAUACGAUUGCAGACCUGACUGAUUUCCUGCAUUCGACGCAUAGGAGUAUUGGAAUCAUUGUCGCCAAAACCGGUGGACACUAG